AUGGUUCACGCUGAUGCAUCAAACUUUGCCGAUGGUGUCACAAAAGAGGAUGCCUACGAGCAAGUGCUCUGGCAGGCAGAGGGUUUAGUUACUGAUCAGCGCAACUGGCUUUAUACUGACAGUACUAGCAAUCUUUCAAACGCUGCUUCUCUCUUGUGGCACGCGUACAAGUCUUUGAGCUCACCAAGCAAAGAUGUGAACUGGGCUGGAUUUUACGUCCUUGACAAGUCAUCCCAAGACCCGCAACUCAUCCUGGGCCCGUUCCAGGGCAAGGUUGCCUGCCAGACCAUCAAGUUCGGCAAAGGUGUAUGUGGAGUAGCGGCAGCGACCCAGCAAACACAGCUAGUUCAAGAUGUGGAGGAGUUCCCUGGGCACAUCGCCUGUGAUGGCGAUAGCAAAAGCGAGAUCGUCGUGCCCAUCGUCGUUGCUCAGGACGACGGCUCCAAGAUGCUGGUGGCCAUCAUCGACAUCGACUGUGCUGAGCUGAACGGCUUCGAUGGGGUUGACAAGGUCCAUCUUGAGCAGCUUGCGGCUCUGCUUGCAAGUAGCUGUGACUGGUAA